GAUCAGUAUAUCGCGGGGACAUGCAGUCCAGGAUAUGUGGCUUCUAGAGCAUCGGCUGUCAUUAGCAAUUAUUCCAACGACCACCCUGUCUUUCUACAGCUUAGUGAUUAUUUCUGGGUGACAAAACAGUCCAAAUACUCCCUGCCGUACGGUACAAAGGACAGCGAAGAUGAAAUAAUGCAGGUGCUGGCUGCUACAAAUCAUUACCACAUCCCAAUCGAGCUUGAAAGGUUGCAGUGCAAGAGUUGUAUUGUGGUUGGAAGUGGAUACCGCCUAAAGAACAGCUCUCUUGGUGAUCAAAUUAAUACAUACGACAUAGUAAUCAGGAUGAACGAUGCUCCAGUCCACAAAUAUGAGAAUGACGUUGGCAACAAGACAACAUUACGCUUUUUUUACCCAGAAUCUGCUUUUUCU